AUGGAGAAGAAGCUUCGCUCAUCUCUUCAAUCCUCAGCACAAGAGUUUUUGUCUUUAGCCACAAAGCUGAAUCUGAAAUCUUCAAAAUCCUCUUUCAAAACCCUAAUCCAUUCCAUUAAGCCCUCUUCUCACCUCUGCUCUUCUCUCCCUCACUCUCUCUGCGACUCCAUCUCCUCCUCUGUUCAAUCCUUCCGGAACCUUCUAGAAUCACAUUCAACAAACCUCAGCAGCCCCCCUCACACCCCUCCCACCAAGCGCCUCCGUCGCUCUUCCCGCCAUUCCAACACCCGCUCCGAUCCCGAACCCGAACCCGACCAGAAGCAGAAAGUUCUAGAGCGUCUCGAAAUUCUCGCUCACGUCGCGCUGUUAUGCGUUUCGCACCCUAGAAAAGUGUUCUCUCCGUCCGAUUUUCUUCCCGGCGUUCAGGCCUUGCACGAUAAUUUGGUCGUGUUAGAGUCCGAUUCGGUUUUGUCUUCGGGGAUCGAAUCUUUGUGCGUAGCAUGGUGGAAGGAGAAUUUGCCGGGGCGAGAAUCGUUGAUUACGCAGACCCUCCCCUUUCUGCUUUCGAGAUCGCUGACACUGAAGAAGAAGGUGGACGUGCACAGGGUUUAUAUGCUUCGGGAGGCGUUCGCUCUGUUUGAUUUUGAGGAUGAGAGCAUCGAGGAUUUGAAGCUGUUGUUGGUUCGAUGUGUAAUUUCGCCCUUAUAUUUGAAAACAGAAGAUGGAAGGAAGUUCCUGGCUUUUAUCUUUGGGCUAAGCGAUGAGCUUAAGAAGGAACUGUUGGAAAUGAUUCGUUCCCAGAUACCAUUUGGAAGAAAGUCUAUGCUGGAGUCGUAUGGGGAUAUAAUGUUUCGGGCAUGGAAAGCUUCACAAGGCGAUUCGAGGAAUGAAAUUGAGAAUGGAUUCUUACAGGAUUUGAUUGACGCUGCCAUAUACGCCAGUUCAAGUGCUUUUGCUUCGUAUAUUAGGAGGGUUUUGGAGGCUUUUAUUAACCAGAGGACAACCGAUGGGGUUGAGAAACUUCUUUAUCGACUUUCCGAGCCUGUCAUAUUUAGGUCUCUGCAGGUUGCAAACUCAAAUGUUCGGCAGAAUGCUUUACAUCUACUUCUGGACAUGUUCCCCCUUGAAGAUCCUGAUGCCUCGAAAGAGGAGAAAGAUGCAUUGCUUGAUAAACAGUUCUUUUUAUUAGAAAGGUUACUUAUGGAUGAUUGUCCAGAAGUGAGAACAAUGGCUGUUGAGGGUUCUUGUCGAGUUCUUCAUCUUUUUUGGGAAAUUAUUCCUUCACCAAUCAUAACAAAGAUAAUUACAAAAAUAUUUGAUGACAUGUCUCAUGAUGUAUGCAACGAGGUUAAGCUUUCUACAUUGAAUGGCAUCAUUUAUUUGCUUGGCAAUACCCACUCUCAUGAAAUCCUUAAGGCGCUCUUGCCAAGACUGCGGCACCUAAUACUGGACAAUGUCCUCACAGUCCGUAUUGCUGCAGCAGAUCUCUUACUCCAUGUAAAGGAUGUCAGAAAUUUUCAGUUCAACAAGGUGGUGGAGUUAGAUUUGCUGUUGUCUGUGCUUGCUAGUGAUCAACCCCCUGUAGCUCAGAAGAUAACAAAAUUACUUUUACCUUCAUACUUUCCCUCAAAAAUACCCAUUGAAGAAGCAUGUAAUCGGUGCAUUACACUUGUAAAAAGGUCUCCAAUGGCUGGAGCAAGAUUUUGCAAGUUUGCCAUCUUGGAAGGAGCAUCUAAAACUCAUCUUAUGGAACUGGUCAAAGUAUUCCUGAGUUUGCUUUUGUCACCAGAUAAGCUGGAUGCUAAUCAGAUUGAGGGUUUUCUUGUUGCUGCUAGCUACCUUUGUGAUAACUUAGCCUGUGAACCAAGCUAUAUAAAUGCCCUCAAAGAGUUGCUUACUCGAGAGAAAGUGAAGGGUUUACUAACUGUUGCAACUACAGGGCAAGCUCGAUCUUCCUUAUUCAACAUCAUCUCCACUGUCGGUUUAGAUGAUGUUGCUGGGCUUCUUGAAGAAUGCAUGGCUGUUGUCACAAACUGCAGUGGUUCUCCUGAAGAUGUUGAUCGCCAAUCUGAAAUGAGGUCUGCACAUAAGUUGUUGCUUUCACUGGGUGGUUUUGAUGAAAUGUUUGAGAUCUUAACAGCCCUCUUGCAUAAGGCUGCGUAUCGUUGUCACAUUAAAUUUGGUGCAGAGAUGCCCUCGCAUAGUGUUUCAUUUGCUAAAAGAAAGAGAACUAAAUCCUCUGGAAAAUAUUCAAUUAAAUCAAAGAUAAUUAACAGAAAGCAAUCUUUUGAGGAUGAUUAUUUAGUAGCUGUUGGGAUAGCAUGGCAAGUUAGAGACUUGCUUCUGCAUGAGGAUACCAGAAAAGCUAUCUUGAAAUCUCAAACUUUAGAAAUGUCAUUUUUUUCUCUUAAGGUGAUUUCUGAUGUCAGCAUUGAGCAUUGCGGGCACUAUGAAUAUAUGGACAUAUCUCCUGUUUUGGCUUAUAUGUCACUUGCUCUGCAAAUGACUGUCGAUAAUGUUGGGACAAAUAGUAUACAGAAUAUUUCUGUUAAGCAGACUGUCUUGGAGCUGACAAUAGAGCAUGUGCUCAACUGUUUAGAAAAACUAUUUGGAGCAGAUGACAUCAUAAAAAAUAACAAUGUGGAUUCAGAUAACUUUCAGUCUACCAAUAGAACAGAUCAAAAUUCCACACGAAGACGUAGGUUAUCUACUGCAAAUGCAUGUCGCCAAAGUACUGGUGGAUCUGCAUGCAAUGAACCCAAACAAGUAUUAUGUGAGGUGAAGAUGCUUACUGCUGUUCUCAAGUUCAUGGCUGACACCACUGCUAUGUGUUUUGCUCCUCACAACCAUGAAUUAUUCUUAAAUUACACAUCAAAAUGUGUGGAACAUAUAGUGUCUUCAUUGGAUCAGCUAUAUCAUAAACAAAUUCAAUUUGAGGAAGAGGAUAAAAAAAAUACUAUUUUUUGCCUGAAAAGCUCUUUCACCUAUGCAGCAAAAAUAGUUAAUAUGAUAUUAACAGAUUCCAGUGGAUCGUCCAUAAUUCCACCUAAAGCUUUUGCUCUUGCCAGUAGCUUACUUGAUUUGAUCAUUUCAAUUGAAUCAUACAUGGGCUCUGGAUACGCAUCACGUCAUGUUGCAGCAGCCAAACCUUGGCUGCCUGAUAUGGUACUGGCAUUGGGAUCUGCUAAUAUUCUAAAACAUACUGACCUUGGUACGGAACAGUCAACUACAUCUGAACAAAUGAAAUUCCAUUUUCCAAAAUGGCCCUUGAUUGUAGCCAAGACUGAGCUCUCCAGCGUAAAUGAAGGUGAAGAUGAUAAAUAUUAUCAACCAGAGAAAUUCUCAGCAUUCAAUAGAUUUCUGGCAAUGCUGAUUAUAUUACUGAAAAAGAAUCCCAGUAUAAUGGAUGCAGUUGGGGUUAUUUUCCUGGUUUCUUCACUUAUUGGGCUAGAACAAAAGGACUUUGGACUGGCCUUAGGACUUUUGCAAUUUGUAUGUUCGAAGUUGUUUAAACAUGAUGACAGGGAUUGGGGUGAUAUGAUGCUGUCUUCUCUGCAAGAAAUCUAUCCUAAGAUAGAGAGGGAAAUUGCAGAAGAAAGGGAUGAAGAUGAACUGCAGAAAUUAACCCGUGCAAAGGAGUUGAUUGAACCUCUUUGGAUGUAUCAUCUAUAUGAAACUGGAAGGGUCAACAUGACAGAUGACUAG